UCCUGUUUAUUCUCUGUACCUCUCUCUUCUUGUUUGUCCAGAGUUGGAGCAGCAGGAGGAAGAUCAGGAGGUGGGGGAUUAUCAGAGCCACCAAGCUGAGAGGAGGUUCUAGAGGAGGAACAGUGGCAGGAGGCCAGCAAGGAUCAGAACCUGCAGCUUCUGAACUUAGAGGAGAGGAUUAGGAAGGAGGAGGGUUUCCCAGGACUCCCCUGCUACUUCCUGAAGACUCCUUAGGGGCUGUGUGCAAACCAGGGAGCGCUGAGAAGAGGAGCAGCAUCAGAAGGAGGUGCAGCUGGACAUUUAUUUGCUGCUGGGCGCUGAGGGUUCUGGGCUGCUGAAACCAGGACCACCACAUGGAUUUUAAGUCCAGCCUCAGAAGUGUCAAAGCCAAGGCAGAGGAGAAGGGGAACCCCUCACAGCAGGUGGACUUCCGAAGCGUGUUGGGGAAGAAGAACACCUCCUCCAGCACAUCCAGCUCCUCUAGCACCAAUGCCAACAAGCCAGCUGAGACAUCCAACAAGAACAGUGGAGACUUCCGCUCCAUCCUCGCCAACAAGAAGAAACCCACAAGCCCUGAGAAGAAUGGAGGAAAGGUCAACAACUGUGUGGAUGGAGAAGUUCAGGAGAUGAGUGAAGGGGAAGCAGGAGGUGGAGGAUUGGACUUCAUGGAGAAGCUAAACGACCUGGCAGUUUUGGACGGUCAGCGGCUCCGGCUGCAGUGUCGCCUCACCCCCCCUGCUGCUGAUGUCACAGUCACCUGGACGCUGGAUGGGAAGACCAUUAAACCGUCCAAGUUCAUCGUCCUCGCCAACGAAGGUGGACUCUGUUCUCUGACCAUUGACAAAGCCCUACCAGAGGAUGAAGGCCUGUACAAGUGUAGUGCUGAGAGCCCAGCAGGCAGAACCGAGUGUUCUUGCAUGGUUCUGGUAGACGAUCCAACAGAAAACUCUCCAACGGACAAGAAGACCAAGAAGGCAGCUCCGACCUCAGAGAGUGAAGCAAGAAUAAAGAAGCCGACUCCAAAGACUCCUCCCAAACAAGCUCUGCCUCCUCAGAUCCUGCAGUUCCCUGAAGACAUGAAGAUCCUAGCAGGAGAGAAGGUGCAGAUUCUCUGCAGGUUCUCUGGAGCUUUGCCCAUCACCUGCACCUGGUUGAAGUUCAGGAAACCGAUCCAGGAAGGCGUGGCUGACAUCUCCAUAGAAAGCAGCGACAGCAGCAGCAAGCUGACCAUCAGCAGCGGGCAGCAGGAGCACUGUGGCUGCUACACGGUGGAGCUGAGGAACGGCUUCGGCCUCCGCCAGGCAGCCCUCAACCUUACCAUCGUUGACAAACCGGACCCCCCAGCCAAGGUCCCUGCCGCCUCAGACGUACGGCGGUCCAGUCUGACGUUGUCGUGGUACGGACCGACCUAUGAUGGCGGCAGCGCCGUGCAGUCCUAUCAGCUGGAGAUAUGGGACUCUGUGGAGCAGCAGUGGAAACAUCUGGUGUCCUGCAACAGCACCUCCUACAAUGUCCAGGACCUUCUACCAGAACGCCAGUACAAGUUUCGUGUUCGGGCACAAAACAUCUACGGGAUCGGAGAGCCGAGUGCCGAGUCUGAACCUGUAACCGUGGGGCUGGUGGGAGAUGAUGAAAACCAGGAGGACGCAGAGGCUGAGGAGGAGGAUGAAGACCCAGACAAGCAGCCAGACUACAGAGAAGUGACCAUCAGGACCGACAUGAAGGUGAAGGAGCUGUACGAUGUGGAGGAACGGCUGGGAACGGGGAAGUUUGGUCAGGUCUUCAAGCUGGUAGAAAAAGCCACAAAGAAGGUCUGGGCUGGGAAGUUUAUCAAGGCAUACUCAGCAAAGGAGAAGGAGAACGUUCGGCAGGAGAUCAGCAUCAUGAACAACCUCCACCAUCCCAAACUGGUCCAGUGUGUUGACGCCUUUGAGGGCAAGUCGGACAUCGUCAUGGUCCUGGAGAUGAUCUCAGGCGGUGAGCUGUUUGAGCGGAUCAUCGAUGAGGACUUUGAGCUAACGGAGAGGGAGGUAAUCAAGUACAUGCUGCAGAUCAUCGAUGGUGUCAACUUCAUCCACAAACAGGGAAUCGUGCACCUGGACCUGAAACCAGAGAACAUCAUGUGUGUCAACAAAACCGGCAGCAAGAUCAAACUCAUCGACUUUGGCCUCGCCAGACGACUAGAAACUGCAGGAACCCUGAAGGUUCUGUUUGGAACUCCAGAGUUCGUGGCUCCAGAGGUGAUAAACUACGAGGCCAUCAGUUACCCCACUGACAUGUGGAGCAUCGGGGUCAUCUGCUACAUCCUGCUGAGCGGUCUGUCGCCCUUCAUGGGCGACAGCGACAACGAGACUCUGGCCAACGUCACCUCAGCCACCUGGGACUUUGAGGACGAAGCUUUUGAUGAAAUCUCUGAGAACGCCAAAGACUUCAUCACCAACCUGCUGAAGAAAGACAUGAAGGCCCGGCUCACCUGUGCUCAUUGUUUCGAACACCCCUGGCUGAAGCAGGACACAAACACCAUGAAGACCACCAAGCUCUCCAAGGAGAGGAUGAAGAAGUAUAUCCUGAGAAGGAAGUGGCAGAAAACGGGUCACGCUGUCCGAGCCAUCGGCAGACUCUCAUCCAUGGCCAUGAUGGCUGGAGUCAGCGCCAAGAAGGGCUCCCCAACUGAAGAGGACAACCAGUUCCUGGAGUGUCUGGAGUACGAGCAGAAAGUGGAGAGUAAGCCCAGCUUCAGCAAGGUCAUCAAAGACGUGGAGGUGGUGGAGGGCAGCGCCGCUCGCUUUGACUGCAAGAUAGAAGGUUACCCAGAUCCAGAGGUGGUGUGGUACAAAGACGAGCAGCCCAUCAAAGAGACACGACACUUCCAGAUCGACUACGAUGAGGACGGAAACUGCAGCCUGAUCAUUUCUGAGGUUUCAGGAGACGAUGAUGCUAAAUACAUGGUGAAGGCCGUCAACAGUCUGGGAGAGGCCACGUGCACCGCCGAACUGCUGGUGGAGGUGAUGGCUGAGGAGGAGGAGGAGGAGGAGGAGGAGGAGUAGAAAUGUGCUGCUGCUCCCUUCAGAAUCUAUCCAUAAACACGUUUAUCUCAUAAAUAACAGGCUGUGAUUGGAGAAACAGGUGGCAGAGUUUCACACAUCUGAAUCAGUCAGAGAGCACACUGAGCACCUGCAGAGCGGUCCAAAAGACCUGGAGCUUCUGGUUCCGGAUCACUACGUCACCCUGGUUCAGAACCUCCAAAAGUCCAACAGGAUUAAGCUGUCUUCAUCUUUGUUCAAGCGAUGAGUCUGAGCGAUGACUAGUCCAGUCCUGCACCAGACUUUAAGUCCCGCCCCCUUCCUGUCCAGUCCUUUACCAGGCCAUUUAGGCCCUGCCCCCACCUGUUCAGUCCUGCACAGGCCUGUGUUAGGACCAGCUGAUGGUCCUGUAGCCCACUCACCAAGGUGGAGUGAGCAGAACCUUCACUGACACCACAUCAGCCCCAUCAGGAGGAAAUGUGGGGAUUAACUUCUAAAUUAAAACUAAAAAUCUGAAGUUUUCCUCUUUUUUAGCAUUGAAAAUAAAUUAUAAAUAAACUGAACAUUUUAGGUGCAGAUCAUCAGCAGAACUCCAACAACUUCCUUCAAACCUUCACAAUAAGAGUCUCAAACACACACAAAUACCUCAAAUCCUCUGAAGUUUUACAACAGCUUCAGGUGUUUUCAAGUAUAUGUGUAUAUAAUACAUGCUUGACAUUACAAUGCCUUUUUUGAAAGCUCAACACUAAUAAAAGAUACCGAACCAACACAGUCAAGUGAAACAUCCUACCUGGUUUCUCUUAUUCUGGCGCCAAUAAUGUGUGUAGCAUUCUCCUGUUAGGUACUCACAGCCCCCUGUCCAGCCGGG